AUAGAUAUACAGCUCUGACUAUUCUUUACAUCUCUCUCAUGAUUCAUUCAAAUCCUGCAAUAAAUACAUCUUUGCCUCUUUUAGUUUAAACCCAACUUACCCUUUUCGAUUUUCGAUUAGAGGGUUGUUUUAGACAGAAAAAGAUAAGAUUUUUGAGAAAAUUUUCUCUGACUUUCUACCCCACCAAUCAAUCUUAAGAAAAAAAGGAAAACUAGUAAUUGUGUCGAAAACAACAUGGGGGCGUACAGAACAGACGAUGAUUAUGAUUAUUUGUUCAAGGUGGUGUUGAUCGGAGACUCUGGGGUUGGGAAAUCGAACCUGCUGUCGAGAUUUACCAGGAACGAGUUUAGCCUCGAAUCCAAAUCCACCAUCGGUGUUGAGUUCGCCACUAGGAGUAUUCGAGUCGAUGAUAAGGUGGUCAAGGCCCAAAUUUGGGACACUGCUGGACAAGAAAGGUAUCGAGCAAUCACCAGUGCAUACUAUCGAGGUGCUGUUGGUGCUCUACUAGUCUAUGAUGUUACUCGUCAUGUGACAUUUGAGAAUGUAGAAAGAUGGUUGAAGGAGCUUAGGGAUCACACGGAUGCCAACAUAGUGAUCAUGCUAGUCGGAAACAAGGCUGAUCUGCGUCACCUGAGAGCAGUUUCCACCGAAGAUGCCAAAGCUUUCGCUGAGAAAGAGAACACCUUUUUCAUGGAAACAUCUGCCCUCGAGUCCAUGAACGUCGAGAAUGCCUUCACUGAAGUUUUGACUCAAAUCUAUCGCGUGGUUAGCAGGAAGGCCCUCGACAUUGGUGAGGACCCUGCAGCCUUGCCUAAAGGACAGACGAUCAAUGUCGGGGGCAAGGACGAUGUAUCGGCUGUGAAGAAAGCCAGUUGUUGCUCAGCUUAACUUACCAUCAAAAAAAAGGGUUUUAGAUGUGUUUUUGAAGACCAUGCUUUGGUCAAUGUUUAUACAGAGGUCGACCUGAUUUUCAUUAAAGGCUUUGUCUACAGAAAAAUUAGCUCUUCUCGUAGUUUGAUCGUUUUUGUUUUUGGGGUACUUGGAAACUUGUCUAUUCUAGUCGAAAGAUAGGAUUCUGAAAACAUGUUUUGUGAUGCUCUUCUUUCUUUGAUUCAAUUUGAACUGGUGUUUCCAUGUGUACUAGUAUAACCAAAUUAUUUCCUUUUUUGAUUCA